UCUAUUUACACUUGAAGGGAUCUCCGUACCUUCUGUCCUGUGUUCGCGCGUACUGAUUUUUGUUUUUAACCUUGUACCGAGCCAUUUUUAUAUUUAGUCUCCAGCUUUACAAAAUGUCCGUGGUGGUCCACGACACGCACGGCUUCGUUUUGGACGCACGCGCUCUCAUUGAUCAGGGGUACUCGCGCUGCGUCCGGUGGACAGAAAAUCUAAAGUCAUAUGUCAAGUGUCGCUUCAAGUCCCAGUAUUUUCAACUUUUAAAAAGCUACUACAAUACAAGCAUCAGCAGUGCUGUGGACAAGGGAAAAACGGACAUAUUUCAGGAAGCAGACCUUCCCCGUAAAGUGAAGAGAAGGAAACGAAAACACAGUGAUCUCAACCAGGGGGAACAUGAUAUGCAGGCCUUCCACGAGAAGAUCAGGACCGUCAUUCUGGAGGGAACCAAGUCGUUAUUGGACGCUGCCAGAUGUGUCGGAUAUUUGAACGGCAGCGUGACGGACACAGUGACGGAGCCGCUGCCACUGCAGGAGUGUAAUCUUGCUGCUUUGUGUGAAAUGGCCAAAGACCUUCCUGUAGUGGAUGGGCACCAGGACAAAUGCGUCCAGCUACUCGACCCCGAGGAAGGCUGUACAUCACAUCUUGACUUGUUCUCUCAGGUGACAGAGAACAAAUCUGAUUGGGCCACGGUGGUAACACUGAUGGGACAGGAAUAUGUCAUACCACCACACGCAGCCUUCCUGCUUUCUGAUUUAACAAGAAUACAACCACUUGUUAGCUAUGGACAAAGGUUUGAUUUAAUAGUUUUGGAUCCUCCAUGGGAAAACAAGUCUAUUAAAAGGAGUCGCAGGUAUAGUUCUUUGCCUUCAUCGCAGCUGAAACGGCUCCCCAUCCCCCUGUUGGCAUCCCCGAAUUGUUUGGUGGUCACUUGGGUAACAAAUCGGCCCAGCCACCUGCAGUUUGUCUAUGAUGAGCUAUACCCACACUGGGAUGUGGAGGUUGUGGCUGAGUGGUUCUGGGUUAAGGUUACCACAUCUGGGCACUUUGUAUUUCCACUGGAUUCUCCGCAUAAGAAGCCUUAUGAAGUGCUGGUCCUUGGUCGAUACCAAUCCCUUUCAAACGACUCUCCAAGCUCGUCAGAGACAUUGGCUGCUCCUGUUGACAAUAACCGUGUGAUUGUCAGUGUCCCAUCAGCGCUUCAUUCCCAUAAGCCUUCACUUUCAGAGGUGUUGAAGCCUUACGUUGGAGCCAAUUCAAAAUGCUUGGAGCUGUUUGCGAGAAAUCUACAACCUGGAUGGACCAGUUGGGGCAAUGAGGUGCUGAAAUUACAGCAAACAAGCUAUUUCACUUUGAACCUCUUAGAUGAUUAUGCAGCCAUUCCUGAAGGUGAAGAUGCGGAGACACCUGGGAAGGCAUCGCCUCCCACCAUAACCUAAUGAAUGACCUUCAGCACCUGCUUGUUGACGCCUGUCACAUCACCAUUUGAACUUGUCUUUUCACACAUUCAGUCAGAAAUAUUCCCUCUACCUUUUUGAUCUGUUCUUUGCACGCAUGCAGGACCUUUGAUUUAUUUUCUGGGUCUGGGUGCAUUCUCGAGGUUGUAACUUGCCAGGCUGAUGAUGCAGUUAGGUGAGAUGAAAGUGCAUUUUUGUUGGAGAGAUGUUUUGAACCUGACAUCACAGUGCGAUCACAUAAACAGCUCAAAGUUUUUCUUCCCCCUUUGAGUAUUUUUUUUUUUUUUUUUGGCAGUAUGUGUGUCUUGAUGAUGAUCAAAGUAUUGCUAUUUUUACAUAUUUUAUACUUCUUUGAACUGUACUGCAAAAUGUAGUGUUUUGCAGGUCCCAGUGUGACAGAAACAGAUUCAUAUUGAAUGUAUUUUUGUUUGCUUAAUAAUAAUAAAUAGAAUAUCAUUCACUC